AUGUCGACACCGUCCAUUUCCUCGACCAUCACAGCCUCUUCCUCCUCUUCCCUAUCUCUGCUUCCCCCUUCCCACCUACUCGAAAUCAGCCUGAUAUCUGCUCAAAACCUGGCUCCUGUCUCCAAAUCCAUGCGGAUGUACGCUUUAACAUGGGUUCAUCCUAAUCGAAAACUUAGCACGGUCACCGACCAACGAGUCAACAACAAUCCCACAUGGAAUAGCAAAUUUGCAUUCCCCAUUGAUGAUGAAAUCUUGGAAUCUGACGAUGCUGCUGUGACCGUGGAGAUUUACACUCUUUCCUAG